AUGAUUAGCAUUGUUUUCCAAACUAGCGAUGUUUCUACUCCCGUCAAAGUCGUUCUCCGAAAUUUUGACGGAACACCGAUUGCAACAUCGAGAGAAGAGCAAGAUGCUGUUGGCUUUCAAAUCAUUCCAGUACUGCUGCUUGGACACACAGCUGAUGUGUCAAAGGGCAUUUCAUCUGAAACAAUGAAGGACGGAAAGAGUAAUGAUACAGAGACCUCAAAGGUGGCUCACAAAUCGGAUUGGCAGUAUUUACUUGAAGGUUAUGUUAAAACGGAGGAAUUGAAAUUUACGGAUAACGAACAAGGAUUGAUUGAGAAAAUUCGAGAGCAGAGGAAAUAUGAGUUAAGUGGUGAGUACUUAUUUGAAGUACCGAUGAUGGUUGAUUCACUUCUUGUCUUAAAAAAUAGGUGA